UCCACUGUCUUGUGUUAGAGCACCGUGGUGUUCCCAGGAAGUUACACGGUUUCCUUGGUGGCUCCCGGUUUUCUGCCUGAAGUUGCCAGUACUGCACGGUGUUUUAAAUGUAGAUAUGAUGUUCCAUAGUAUUGAAUGAUUUGAUGAGGCAGUGAAGGAAGCUGAUAUGAAGUUGUUUGUGUUCAAGUGAUCUGAAGACAACUGCCUAUCGUCUACAGAUUUUCUUGAUUCAGCCAGAUAAUCUGAAUAUGCCCCGAAGUCCAACGUCAAGUGAAGAUGAGAUGGCACAGAGCUUUUCCGACUCUUCAAUGGAAUCAGAAUCUGACAGCUCCAAAGAGGAAACUAUCUAUGAGACUAUAAAAGCCACCACUGAGAAGACAGCCAGCAGAAUGGAAGACAUACAAAACAACACUCUUGUCAUCCGCAUUAUCAUACCUGAUCUACAGCAGACGAAAUGUAUGAGGUUUAACCCUGAUGCUACAGUGUGGGUUGCCAAGCAACGGAUCCUCUGCACGCUGAACCAGAGUUUAAAGGAUGUCCUGAACUAUGGCCUGUUCCAACCCGCCAGCAACGGACGAGAUGGGAAGUUCUUGGAUGAGGAACGCCUCCUUAGAGAAUACCCACAACCAAUCAGCAAAGGAGUCCCAUCUUUAGAGUUUCGUUACAAGACAAGAGUCUACAAGCAAGCAAAUAUUGACGAGAAACAAUUUGCUAAACUGCACACAAAGGCCAACUUAAGAAAAUUUAUGGACCACAUACAUCAUCGUCAGAUGGAUAAAAUUAUCAAGAUGCUUGAAAGAGGACUAGACCCUAACUAUCAUGACCCAGAAACUGGUGAAACUCCACUUACCUUUGCAGCUCAUCUUGACAACACAGUAGAAGUCAUAAAAGCUUUGAAAAACGGAGGAGCUCAUUUAGACUUUAGAGCUAGAGAUGGAAUGACAGCUCUGCAUAAAGCCGCUAAGUCAAAGAAUCAAGUGGCUCUUACGACACUUUUAGAAUUGGGAGCUUCCCCAGACUACAAAGACAGCCAUGGGCUUACUGCAUUGUACCACACUGCCAUGGUAGGGGGGGACCCCUAUUGCUGUGAGUUAUUGCUGCACGAACACACCACUAUUAGCUGCAAGGAUGAGAAUGGAUGGCAGGAAAUCCACCAGGCAUGUCGUUAUGGGCUUGAUCAACAUCUGGAGCAUUUGUUGUUCUACGGGGCUGAUAUGAGUGCUCAGAACGCAUCUGGAAACACCGCUCUGCACGUCUGUGCACUUUACAACCAGGAUAGCUGCGCAAGAGUUCUCUUGUUCCGUGGAGCCAACAAGGAGAUUAAGAAUUACAACAGCCAAACUCCAUUCCAGGUGGCUAUCAUAGCAGGGAAUUUUGAACUGGCUGAAUUCAUAAAGAAUCACAAAGAAACGGAUAUUGUGCCUUUCCGAGAGGCACCGUCUUACACCAAUCGGCGGAGGGGACCCCAGAACACUCUGGCCGCGCCCCGAGUCUUGCUGCGCUCCAACAGUGACAACAACCUGAACAUCAAUAACAUCCCGGACUGGUCGGCCUUGCCCUCCACAGUAGCAGCAGCAGCAGCGUCUCCACACCGCAGCCUUUCCCCACAAUUGCUUCAGCAGAUGCAGAACAACCCCAAUGGCACUGUAAAGACAGUCGGGAGUGGUGGCAGGGGGCCUCGCAGCCGCUCACCAUCAUUAAACCGACUGGGGGAGGAGGCCAAGAGGCAGCCCCACAGGCAGAUCAGUCCUAAUGCAAACCAGGAGGCACUGUCAGGGCUGGAUUACCAAGGACCCAAACGCAAGCUUUACAGUGCCGUGCCGGGGAGACACUUUAUAGUUGUGAAGCCAUAUCAUCCUCAAGAAGAUGGGGAGAUAUCUCUAUACAAAGGCGACAGGGUAAAAGUUCUCAGUAUUGGCGAGGGAGGGUUCUGGGAAGGCAGUGCUCGGGGGCGAGUGGGAUGGUUUCCUGCAGAAUGUGUGGAAGAAAUUCAGACAAAGCCAAAUGAGAGUAAACCAGAAACCCGAACGGACAGAUCAAAGAAGCUUUUCAGGCACUACACUGUUGGAUCCUAUGAUAGCUUUGAUGCAUCAAGUGACUGCGUUAUUGAUGAGAAGACAGUGGUCCUGCAGAAAAAGGACAAUGAGGGAUUUGGAUUUGUGCUUCGAGGGGCCAAAGCUGAUACCCCCAUUGAGGAGUUCACCCCGACUCCUGCUUUCCCUGCACUGCAGUACCUGGAGUCGGUCGAUGAGGGCGGGGUGGCCUGGCAGGCAGGGCUCAGGACUGGCGACUUCCUCAUCGAGGUUAAUAACGAAAAUGUAGUGAAAGUCGGCCACAGGCAGGUGGUCAACAUGAUUCGGCUGGGAGGGAAUCACCUGAUUAUAAAGGUGGUGACUGUAAGCAGGAAUAUGGACCCAGAAGACACAGCUCGGAAGAAAGCACCUCCACCUCCAAAGAGGGCGCCAUCAACUGCAUUGAGCAUGCGGUCUAAGUCUAUGACCUCAGAGCUUGAGGAGCUAGUGGAUAAAGCCACCAUGAGGAAGAAGAAGGGUGACAAGGUGGAUGAAAACAUGCCUGCCUCUAAGCCUAGCAGAACUGGAGACAAUGUGUCAGUAGACAUGAGGGUUGCCACCAUUAAACAACGUCCCUCAAGCAGGUGUUUCACGACUGUGACCGACAUAAAUUCAAUGCAUGAUCGACAGGGUAUUGCUGUGAUGCCACCCACUGUCCCAGGAAGUCCUAGGAGCCCUUUCUUGGGAGUGCCACGGGGCACCAUGCACCGGCAGAAAUCAAUAGGAAUAACAGAGGAGGAAAAGCAGUUCCUAACCCCGCCAUUGCUGAAAUUUACCCGGAGCUUCUCCAUGCCAGACACAUCUGAGGAUAUUCCACCUCCACCAGAAACCUCCCCACCUUCUCCCCCUUACAACACCCCCAAAUCUCCGACAACGAGAGGCUUCGGCACAAUCCGACCUGGCUUCACCCAGAACUCUUCACCCAAAGGCCCCACUCCCAACAGAUCAGAAAAUGUUGGGACCAUGAGGAGAGACAAAGGGAUGUACUACAGACAAGAUUCUGAACAAUAUGACGCAGAGGAAACUUACAAGCAAAAUUCUUCUUCCCAGCAGAACUUCAGGAACCGAAGGGGACAUAUGCCAGAAAACCCCUAUUCUGAAGUAGGGAAGAUGGGGAACAAGGCAAUGUAUGUGCCUGCCAAGCCAGCGAGAAGGAAGGGAAUGCUGGUUAAACAAUCUAAAGUGGAGGACAGUCCGGAAAAAAUAUGCUCGAUACCGAUUCCGACUAUCAUCAUCAAGGAGCCAUCCACAAGCAGCAGUGGGAAGAGCAGCCAAGGCAGCAGCAUGGAGAUCGACACCCAAAUGACAGAACAGUCGGGACAUCUCAGGCCUGACAGCUUGAAUUUCACCAGUCCAUUUGCAGCUGCCAUAGCUGGGGCAGUGAGGGACAGGGAAAAGAGACUGGAAUCCCGUCGGAACUCGCCUGCUUUCCUUUCCACAGAUCUAGGAGAUGAGGACAUAGGACCUACACCAACCCCAAGACUCAAGCACUCCAAAUCCAUUGACGAAGGAAUGUUUGGCAAUGACGAACCUUUAAAAAACCUGAUGACGCCCGCCCUGCUGACACUCCCUCAAGGUAAUGUUACUGCAUUCAGCACACCUGAACCUAGGGAGCCUAGUAACACAAGGACAGUAAACACUCCUUCUAAAGCUGAGAGUUCAGAGAACAGUGCGGGAGCUAUCAAAAAUUACAAUACAAACGGAGGUAAUUAUGUGCAUCCAGUAACAGGCAAGGUGCUGGACCCUAAUUCACCCUUGGCUCUUGCCCUGGCCGCAAGGGACCGAGCAAUGAAGGAGCAAAUGCAGCCACCAUCCCCUGCCAAAAAUGAGCCCGGGAAGGCAGACCUUAACAAGCCACUCUUCAUCGACACCAAAAUGAGGUCGAAUAUAGAGAACACCUUCCCUGUGAUGGCCACCAUGAGCCGGCCAACCAAGAAGGGAGGUCUUCGGAGGCAAAUGACUGAAGCCAAGUACGACUCAGAGCCAGCGAAGGAGGAGAAGAAGCCAGAGGAGAAAAAGAACAUGCUGAUCAACAUUGUGGAUAAAUCACAGCAGAAGUCAGCAGGGUUACUGAUGGUGCACACCAUGGGUGGAGCUAAAGCAGAGGAGAACAACCAUUCAGAAAAUGAAAAGGAGGAAGAGGCUGUCACUCCUGACAACGCACCAGCAGAGCUGCGAGACACUAACCAGGUGGUCACGGAAAACAAGCAGCAAGGGCUAGACCCCCAAACCGCUGCAACUCCUGCCAAAACCAUCAUCACUAUUAGCUCGGUGGAUGAGCCGGUUGCUUUGCCCUUCCGUAUCCCGCCUCCCCCUCUGGCCUCAGUGGACAUCGAUGAGGAGUUUGUUUUCACAGAGCCCCUGCCUCCCCCGCUGGAGUUUGCCAACAGCUUCGAUAUUGCAGAGGACCAAGCAGCAGCCCUCUCAUUAGCCGAUCUGCUAAAGCAGAGGAAAAACGAGGCAUCUGGCCCGACCUUGGCACCGUACAACCCCCAUGCGGUGGCAUCGGCUAACAUGAUGGAAAACAAAAAGUCUGUUGGCCUCUCGAACUGUGCGCCUCCUACCUUUGUCCCACCGCCCCCCCAGAAUUUUGACAACGUCACGGACUCUGGGAUCGAGGAGGUGGACAGUCGGAGCAGCAGCGACCAUCACUUGGAAACAACCAGCACUAUCUCAACGGUGUCCAGCAUCUCCACUCUGUCCUCUGAGUGUGGAGAGAACCUGGACACCUGUACUGUCUAUGCAGAUGGGCAAGCAUUUCUGGUUGACAAGCCUCCCGUACCUCCAAAACCAAAAAUGAAGCCCAUAAUCAACAAAAGCAAUGCACUUUAUAAGGAUGCCCUAAUUGAAGAAAAUGUUGACACUUUUAUGAUCCCUCCCCCAGCCUCUCCCCCACUCCUAGGAGGUGCUCAGACAGAUGCUCUUAAAACCACACAGCAAAGGACCUCAAAGCUCUGGGGUGACCCGCCAGAGGUACAAAGCCCACCUACCCCAGACCCCAAGGCCAAUAUCAUUAGUGAACUGAACUCAAUAUUGCAGCAAAUGAACAGGGAGAGGACUACCAAGCCAGGAGAUUCUUUGGAUUCUCCCACAGGGUCCAGAACAACUAACUUUGGAGCAAGGGGUGCAGAUGGAACAGUUACUGCCUCAGGUACACAGCGGAGCACAAUGGUCACUUUCACAGUCCGUCCAGGAUCACACCAACCAGUGAUGAUGCAGAACAGGAACCCGGAUAGCAAGACAGGAACGAGAAGAGCGCCCAGCCCUGUGGUCUCGCCAACGGAGUCGAUCAAGGAAGUGAGGGCUUCGUCCCUCCCGCCCUCGGCCUCCUCACCCGCACUGACAGACGUCUUUGGCACCUCUGCCCCACAAACUCCAGUGGAGAGGUUCAGCCUGGGUGCAGGCCGCAGCAGGUCCCCUUCUCCUGCGACUUUAAUCCAGCCACUUUCCAACAAGCCUUUUUCAACCAAGCCAGUCCAUCUAUGGACUAAGCACGAUGUAGCAGACUGGCUGGAAAGCCUCAAUCUGGCAGAGCAUAAGGACACCUUUAUGGACAACGAGAUUGAUGGGACCCACUUACCAAACUUACAAAAAGAAGAUUUAAUAGAUCUAGGAGUGACUAGAGUCGGGCAUCGAAUGAACAUGGAAAGAGCAUUAAAACUGCUUUCAGACAGAUAGAAAUGGGUGAUUCUUACCUGCAGGACUCCAUGUUUCAAAGUCCAUCCAUCUUUCUUUUGAUUUCAAGUGUGUAAUUAUAUUCACGUUGGCUCAUAUUGGAGUAUAGAAAUUAUCAUAUCCUUAAGAGCUGCAAUUUGAAAUAAUUGUACAGUUCAUUAAUAAGCACAAUAAUUCAAUGAAAGUGAGUGGUUGUUACAUUGAGCAACCUUCCACCAUUGCAGAGGGAAGAGGAAAAAAAAAACCUGAAAUUCCUUUUUAGUGAUUUAAUAGAAACUUUUGCUUUGGAAUAAUAAGGACUUGUUAAUCAACUUUAUUUGGAUGCACCCGAACCAGCAGAGCUGUGGUACAUUUUCUAUCUUUGUUAGAUUUUCUUCAGAAUAAGAAUAUUUCUUUAACAAAAGGGUUAUAUUUAACAAUGCAAGCUGUUCAGAAAAUUGUCUCGCUCCUCACCUGUUUCUCUGGAAAGAAGAUCAAGCUAAAAUAUAUGCUAAGCCCAUUUAUUUUUCCCAGCAUUGGUGUUGUACUUGGGGGUAAAAAAGAAAAGAAAAUCACUCCUUAAUAUUUUUGCAUUUAUUUUAACAAUUAUAGGGGCACAAUUGUAGCAGUUAUGUUUUCUCUUUCUCUUUUUUUCUGUUUUUUUUUUCAAUUAAGUAUAUUUAUUCAAGACAUUUGAGUGUCUGAAAAGUGUAAAAUGUAAAUUAAUCAUUCUUGUCUUCCAUAAGAGCGCAGGUGAAUGAUAAAGAGUAGUGAACUCCAAGGGCCAUUCUUAUCACUUUGGUUUAAUUUUAAGUAUGACAUUUGAUCUUCAAAGAUGUGCCCGAAAACAAGUAUUACAGUAACCAGAAUGGGGUUUUCUAGACAUUUUUGAGCCCGUCCCCCCAACCCAACCCCCCUUACAAAGAUCUUUCUCGUUUAGUUUUAUGUUUGAAAUAUUAUGAGUAAGAGAUUUGUGAAGUAAGAGAUUUGUGAAGGCAAGACCUUUCUGAGAUUGUAGCUAAAGAGAGACCACAUACUAACUUUGCUUUAAAAAGAGGUUUAAUUAAAUUUUUCAGUGCAGCAUUAUAGAAAAUAUUAAUAAUUACAUUCCCAGUUCAUUUAGUAUUCUACAGUACAAGUCAGAUUUACCUGAAAUCUCAGUCGGAUUAUUUAAGACCAGGUACAGCAUUUGCUGUCAGUUGUCAGUCAGUCCUGGAGGAUAUACCUACACUAUACUGUGCAGCUGCAGUGUGGGUAUAGUGUGAUCUUGAGGUCUUAUGAUGCAAACCAAACAUGCAUAAAAAAUAUUCACCAGAUGCGGUCUACUGCAUCCACCCUGUAGAAUUGCGUUUGAUGAACUGAUGGCUCAUCUUGACGAUGUUCUGUGAGUUCAAACAGUUUUUUUUUACAGGAGAGAAUAGCUGUGUGUAAGCGGCUAACAUUUUCUGUUGAUAAACAAUUAAAACCACACUGGAAUUUGUUAGGUGACCUGAGCACUUUCUUAACUUUCUUAAAUGUGAGGGGUCGGAGAUACUUGGUGAUCCUUAGCUGUGUAUUCAGAUCACUGGCCUGUGAGUAUGAAAUUUCAGUGGCUUGUAGUAGAUGCUCUUUGGUGAUCACACUUUCCUAAUGUCUUUCUCAAAGAAUUAUGGAAGUGGAUUAAAUUGCUUUCUUAAUAUUUUCAGCUUUUUCAAGUUAAAGAUAGCUCUGACCCAAAUGGCUUAAAUCGCUGAAUAAUGCAUGAAAAUUCAGUGUCUGGGAUUGUCAUAUCUCAAACACAUUGCGUUGUAAAAGUUCACUGUAAUUGCAAAACCAGUUUACACACUAAAAAAAACAAAACACUGAAUGUGUUCAGCUAAGGACAGCUUGUGUUAAAUAUAACACACAGUAUGUUUUUCUUAAUCAGAGAUUUAACACAAAAUAUGUGUUUUUCUUAGCGCCUGUAUUUAUUUUUUUUAAGCGUCAGGAAAGACCCAUAUUUUUGUUAUUUCUGAAGAAUCGCAUGAGCAGGGCACAAACGUAAACUGGUCAGUCCCUUCUGUGCUCAGCGGUUCUUCUAGAGUGUGGUGUCUUUAUUGGUUAAGUAACGGGAAUGCAUUGCAGAGUCCUUCAUAUCAAAACCAUACAGAUGUGACUUCUACAAUAGUUUUACACAUUUUUCAUUUGUGUGGUGCAAUGGAGAAGGAAACAGUUGUGGUUUGAGUCCAUAAAAGAAAAAAAAAGGCUUUUAUUAAAUAUAUUGCUUUUAUAUAUAAAAGCUCCUCCACAAGUUCAGCACAAUAGAAAGUUAUUAUGUGAGCUGUUCUUUGAGAGCGUGCAGGGUUUUAACAAGCUGCAUCCCUUCCUGCUGUAAGGGAGGGUUAGUCCAAGGGUUCCCAAACCAUGGGCCGCAGUGCAGAGUGGGCCACAGGAGCAAUGACAUUCUGUGGAUUUUCUUUAAAUAUAUAUAAAGAAAAGCAACAAUAAAAUACUAAUGAAAAAAAGAUCAAUUUAGAUUAAGUUUAUUCCUAGGUUUAAAAAAAAAAAAAAAAGUAAUUUUUCUUCAGAAGUGCUAAUAGUGGGCUGCAGUGCCUCAUGCAGUUGAACCAGUGAGCCCCUGGGUUAGUCAGCUAUAAAAGUAUAAAGCUGAAUUACCCAUGUGCACAAAAUUUCCUUCGCAGUGACAUACUGGAUGUAAAAGUUGACAGAUGUAAACGACACCAAUCAUAACUUUUAUAACUACUAAACCUGGAAUGGGAAUACCGUCCUCCUAUGAGAGGAUUGUCUAGAUAAGCUGCUAACUAAAUCCUUUUUAAACAGAUCUUAUUUUAAAAACAACAGAGCUUCAGCAAAGCACAGUAUUUUUAAUGAUUUAUAGUAUAUUAUAUGGAAAUUGUGUAAAGGUAUGUGGAACUAAUCGUUCUGCAUUCACUUCGAAGUAUGGUU